UUAAAUAACACGAGGACGAUACGUUGGCUCUUUACAUUGGGAUCAUCAACUGAACUUUAUUUAUAUAUACUGUACUGCAAAAUUGAAAUUAUUUAUUUGUUCUGUACUAUGGGAAAAGAAAGUUUAUGGCUGCUGGUAAUCGGAUUUUCUCUUAUUGCAAGCGAACCAAUUUUCAACUCUACUGAAGAAGUAUUUACUAUUUCAGGGAACUCCACUGAGCAGACAGUGGACUACAGUGACAUCGAGUCCAAGUUCUCCAUCAGGAGUGCAGAAUUCCCCGACGAGGAUCUUUGCUAUCUUGUCCCAGGAGAACGGGACUCUGUUUCGGACUGCAACUUCAAAAAUGACUCCCAAACCUUCCUUAUUAUCCACGGAUGGUCGGUCGCAGGUCUGUUUGAGAGCUGGGUCUAUAAGCUUGUGACGGCUCUGUUUGAUCGUGAACCCAGUGCUAAUGUCGUUGUUGUGGACUGGCUGGAUCGGGCCAACGAACACUACCCCAGAUCAGCAGAGAACACGGGCCUGGUGGGCGCAGACGUGGCCAAGUUCAUCGACUGGCUGGAGGAGCUGGACUACCCGCUGGAGAAAGUGCAUCUUCUAGGCUACAGUCUCGGUGCACAUGUGGCAGGAGUCGCAGGAAACCUCACCAACAACAAAGUCAACAGAAUUACAGGUCUCGACCCAGCGGGCCCCAGCUUUGAGAAUGCAGAGAGUCUGAGGCGUCUGUCACCGGAUGACGCCUCGUUUGUGGACGUCCUGCACACAAACACCAGAGGCUCACCGGACCUCAGCAUCGGCAUCCAGAGACCCGUGGGUCACGUGGACAUCUACCCCAACGGUGGCACUUUCCAGCCCGGCUGCACCAUCCAGAACACCAUGAAGCUCAUCGCCACCUACGGCAUAUACAACAUGGACCAGAUAGUCAAAUGUUCCCACGAGCGCUCUAUUCACCUGUUCAUCGACUCGCUGGUGAACCGGGCGCACCAGAGCUGGGCGUUUCGCUGCAGCUCCAGAGACUCCUUCAACAAGGGACUGUGUCUGAGCUGCCGCAAGAACCGCUGCAACAAACUCGGGUACAACGUCAACAAGAUCCGCAGCAGCAGGAGCGCAAAGAUGUACCUCAAAACCCGGGACAUGAUGCCGUAUAAGGUGUUUCAUUACCAGAUUAAGCUGCAUCUUUUCAGCGAUAAAAACAUGACUUUGCUGGAGCAGCCAAUGAAAGUGUCUCUGUUCGGGACGACCGAUGAAAGCGAUGACAUCUCCGUCAUUGUGCCCAGCCUGACCAGCAACAGCACCAUCUCCUUCCUGGUGACGUCCGAUAAAGACAUCGGAGAGCUCCUGAUGCUGAACAUCCACUGGGAGAAGGACUCGUAUCUCUACGGCUUCUUCAGCACCAAUCAGUUCACCAUUCGCAGAAUGAGGAUUAAAUCUGGAGAAACACAGUCCAAGGUAAUGUUCAGACCCAAAGAUGGAGAGUUUGGUUCCCUCAUUCAGGGUGGAGAGCCAGUUUUGUUUGUGAAGUCCAGCGAGACGCAGCAGAGCAGGAGAGAGGAGAGGAAGCACAGACUGAAACAUCACGGAAGCUUCUUCAAACAGGGCGUCAAUGAAGCAACCGCAGUUAUGAGAAAAGAACCGGCGUCACUUCAUAAUGAAUCAACAGAGGUCAUCAUGACAGAAACAACCACGAAUAUAAACACGACUUUAUGAGUCAACAGAUA